CAGACUGUCGUGAUGUAAACAACUGUGAAUUCUCUCGGCAGCUGGGAAGAGCUUAAGAUAUAGGAGCAGAAUUAGACCAUUUGGCUCAUCGAGUCUGCUCCGCCAUUUUAUCAUGGCUGAUUCAAUUUUCAUCUCAGUCCCAACCUCCUGCCUUCUCCCCGUAUCACUUCAUGCCCUAACCAAUCAAGAAUCUGUCAACCUCCACAGCUGCCUGUGGCAAAGAAUUCCACAGAGUCACCAUUCUCUGGCUAAAGAAAUUCCUCCUCAUCUCCAUUCUAAAAGGAUGCCCCUCUAUUGAAACUGCAAGUGGAAAGCUUGCAGUCUGAAGAAAAGAUUUUGCAGUCAAAGUUAUUCGAUGAAAAAGUGGCACUGGCAGAGGAAAAGAGAAAACUUACACAAAUGCAAGCUGCCUAUGAUACUUUGUUUAAAGACUAUGAAAAUUUGUUGGAAGACUGAUGAAGAAAUGAAAAUUAGAGAGAGUAAACAGAAGGAAACACUUUCUGGACUUACUGCUGAGCUGACUGCUGUUAAAAGGACAAUGGAAGAGAACCAGAAAACAGUUAAUCAGCUGCAGCAAACUGUUGCCCAGCAAACUGAUGAGUUAAGUGUGCAGAAGGCGCAGAAUGUGGCUUUGGUUGACAUUUCUGCUCAGUUAGAAAUGGCUGAGAAAGCCUUGGUGGAAAUGCAACAAAAGAUUGAUAUAGUGAAGCAGACCAUCAUUAAACAGGAAGAAGAAAUGGAAACCGUGGCUGUAUUCAAAGCACCUGAAGUUUACAGUGCAGAUUUCCAUGCUGAGAGAGCAGCUGGAGAGAAAAUUCAUGCAGAAAAGAAGGCCAUGGCUGAAAAGCUGGACCUGCCGCUGAAAGAAAACACACAACUGAAGGAAGAAAUGGACACAUUUGGCAGGCAGUCUUUAGCAGAACUUCAGCACCGGCAUGGAAGUUGUGGGCCAGUGACCGAGGAUGAUGAUGCAUUACAGCAGCAGGGAGUGCGAGAACCCAGAAACCCCAGUUGGGAGCACCAAGGUAUUCUGCCAGAACACGCUUGCCCGAAGUGUGGGAUCGUCCUCCCUGACAUCGAUACCUUACAGAUCCAUGUCAUGGACCGCAUCAUUUAAGCAUGUUCUCUUUUAGGAGACUGUUUUCAUUAUGUUUUCAUUCUGUUUUCAAUGAAACUAAUCUGUCGGACGAUGCUGAGGAUGUUCUACGAGUCUGUGGUGGCCAGUGCUAUCAUGUUUGCUGUUGUGUGCUGGGGCAGCAGGCUGAGGGUAGCAGACACCAACAGAAUCAACAAACUCAUUCGUAAGGCCAGUGAUGUUGUGGGAAUGAAACUGGACUCUCUGACGGUGGUGUCUGAAAAGAGGAUGCUGUCUAAGUUGCAUGCCAUCUUGGACAAUGUCUCCCAUCCACUACAUAAUGGACUGGUUGGGCACAGGAGUACAGUCAGCCAGAGACUCAUUCUGCCGAGAUACAACACUAAGCGUCAUAGGAAGUCAUUCCUGCCUGUGGCCAUCAAACUUUACAACUCCUCCCUUGGAGGGUCAGACACCCUGGUCCUGGACAUUUCAUAAUUUACUGGCACCAUAAUUUACAUAUUACUAUUUAAUUAUUUAUCGUUUUAUUACUAUUUAAUUAUUUAUGGUGCAACUGUAACGAAAACCAAUUUCCCUCGGGAUCAAUAAAGUACGACUAUGACUACUAUUAUAAGAUUGGGAGGUGAUCUCAGUGAAAUUUCUAAACUUCCUACAGGACACAACAGAGUGGAUACAAAGAGGAUGUUUCCUGUGACUGAAUAGUCUUGAAUCAGAGAUCAUAGUCUCAUAGUAAACGGAGAGCCAUUUUAUGACUGAGACAAGGAGAAAUUUCACCCAGAGGCAGCUAAGUGUUUGUAAUUCUCUGCACCGGAGACCAACAGAAGCUCAGUCAUCCAUUUGGUUUAAAACAAAUCACUACAUUUCUACAAAUUAGGAGAAUAAAAGGAUAUGGGAAUAAUGCAAGAAAAUGGAGCAUUGAACUCAAUUUGUGAUACUCUGAAAUUUGUUGCAAAGUCAACAAAUCUCACGAUAUAUGCCAGUGAUAUUAAACCCGAUUCUGAUUCAAAUGCUCCUGUCUGGUUUUCAUUUGUUCUUAGGCCAGAUACAAGUUAUCGACAUAAAAUACCAACCUAUUCCCCUCUCUAAGAUGCUCCCUCUGACCCAGUCACCAUUUUCAGCAGAUUGUUUUUAUUAUUGUUUUUAUAUUCUGCAUUAGCAGAAUCAUGCUUUGUAAUACAAAUAUCUUAUUUACUUCUUUGAGAUUUAUAACAUUAAAAAAGCAAGUUUUAAUACUUUAUUUUGGAAAAAUCAAACUUGUUCACCCAAGAUCAAAUACUAUUUUAGAAUUAAUGAAAAUAAAUCCUAUAUUCUGACUCAACUUCAAAAUCCAUUUUAACAAAAAACAGAUAAAUCCCCAGGGCCAGAUGGUCUGCAUCCCAGAGUGCUUAAGGAAGUAGCUCAAGAAAUAGUGGAUGCAUUAGUGAUAAUUUUUCAAAACUCUUUAGAUUCUGGACUAGUUCCUGAGGAUUGGAGGGUGGCUAAUAUAACCCCACUUUUUAAAAAAGGAGGGAGAGAGAAACGGGGGAAUUAUAGACCGGUUAGCCUAACAUCGGUGGUGGGGAAACUGCUAGAGUCAGUUAUCAAAGAUGUGAUAACAGCACAUUUGGAAAGCGGUGAAACCAUUGGACAAAGUCAGCAUGGAUUUGCGAAAGGAAAAUCAUGUCUGACGAAUCUCAUAGAAUUUUUGAGGAUGUAACUAGUAGAGUGAAUAGGGGAGAACCAGUGGAUGUGGUAUAUUUGGAUUUUCAAAAGACUUUUGACAAGGUCCCACACAGGAGAUUAGUGUGCAAACUUAAAGCACACGGUAUUGGGGGUGAGGUAUUGAUGUGGAUAGAGAAUUGGUUGGCAGACAGGAAGCAAAGAGUGGGAAUAAACGGGACCUUUUCAGAAUGGCAGGCAGUGACUAGUGGGGUACCGCAAGGCUCAGUGCUGGGACCCCAGUUGUUUACAAUAUAUAUUAAUGACUUGGAUGAGGGAAUUAAAUGCAGCAUCUCCAAGUUUGCGGAUGACACGAAGCUGGGCGGCAGUGUUAGCUGUGAGGAGGAUGCUAAGAGGAUGCAGGGUGACUUGGAUAGGUUAGGUGAGUGGGCAAAUUCAUGGCAGAUGCAAUUUA